AAUUUCCCCCUCCCUCUCUCUCUCAAGUUUCAACUGUCUCUCCGUGUUCAACUCGCAGAAAACACAACGAGAAAAAAAUAUAGAGAGAGAAAGUCACACGUUUAGACGCAUAGAACACCAUUAUUGACAGAGAAAGGGCACAAACACAGAAUCGUCCAGUAAAGUUUCGAUCUUUACAAACCCAUUACCAAUUUGAUUUUUCCGAAGACUUUCGAUUUUUCCGCCGGUGUAUUCGCUUAUUUAUUUGUUUAUUCUUCCUGGGAUUGAGAUCUUAUUUUUAGUUGGGUUGGGAUUUUUUUGAUUCUCGGAAGUGGGGGGACGAUUUAGAAUUGUUUCUGUAAACGACCGGGUUCGAGUUCGGGUUGUUGGAAUCGAGUUUAGUUGUUUCCUGGGGAAGAAAAGGGUUUAAGAUUAGUGAUGUUGACCUUUACAGUAGGUUUGUGAUGUAAUAUGGAUGUUGUGGUAGAAUUGGUGAAGAUAUACGCAGAUAUGUCGCUUUACAUUGGUCGCGAGGCUUCUAAGCUUUGGAAGAGAGUUUGUGCAGAAACUGCAACAGAGAUCAACCUUCUUCUCGAGAAUUGGAAGUAUAUUCUUGGUGGUUUAAUUUGUCAGUAUAUUCAUGGACUUGCCGCUCGAGGGGUUCAUUACAUUCAUCGGCCAGGACCAACACUUCAGGAUGCCGGGUUUUUCCUUCUUCCGGAACUUGGUCAGGACAGAGCUUACGUCAGUGAGACAGUUUUCACCUUCAUCUUUCUGUCUUUUGUCUUGUGGACUUUCCAUCCUUUCAUUUUCAAGAACAAAAAGAUCUACACUGUUCUAAUAUGGUGCAGGGUUCUGGCUUUCUUAGUUGCUUGUCAAUUCCUUCGGAUCAUUACUUUCUACUCUACACAGCUUCCAGGUCCAAAUUAUCAUUGUCGUGAGGGAUCAAAGCUUGCCAGGCUGCCUCGUCCUGAUAAUCUCUUAGAGGUUUUAUUAAUAGUUCCUCAGGGAGUGCUUUAUGGCUGUGGAGAUCUUAUAUUUUCAUCUCAUAUGAUAUUCUCUCUUGUCUUUGUGCGGACGUAUUAUAAAUAUGGCUCACAAAGGUUCAUAAAACAAUGUGCCUGGUUAGCUGUUAUCAUUCAAAGCUUCUUGAUCGUUGCAUCUCGCAAACAUUACACUGUAGAUGUUGUUGUGGCAUGGUACACAGUGAAUUUGGUAGUGUUCUUCGUUGACAAAAAACUUCCAGAAUUGCCUGACCGAUCGGUAGCAGCAUUCUUGCUUCCGUUGUCCAAGGACAGCAUGACUAAAGACGAGAACCAGAAACUGUUGAAUGGGAAUUCCGGGGAAACUACAGAGAAGAGGCUAAGAACACAAAUCAAUGGCAAGAUUGAGAACGGAAACACAGUGCAUGUCGAAGCAGUGAAGAACGGUGCAUAAAUGGAUCGAACUUACAACUCCCGAUUGUGAACAGAUUCUAUUUAUUCGACGAACAACCCUCCUUCUGCCCCACCUUCACCCAGGUCGAUUAAUUUUGGUCUGUAGGUUAGGAUAGGAGUUACGAGGGUUAUGCCUUGUGAUAUCCCAUGGUUGAAUCAAAUCAUUCAAAUGUAAACAACAUUGUGUAUCAUGGUAUUACGGUUUCUUUAAUUAGUGCAAUUAUUUUGUUCUUUGUGUUCA